CUUUAGUGAAACUUGUAGGUGGGGACACAUGUAUGAGAGCAGCAAUGAUCUAGCUAACUAACUUUCUUCAGCUCUCAUUGAUGAUUAGAACAUAUAUCGAGUCACUGUUCACUUGGUUGUUUUAUUGUCUAUAGUCACUAAGACAGCUCUUCAUUUGUUGACUUUUUUUUAUUAACAAAUGUCUAUUUGCUUGUUGCCGUGAGAUGUUUGAUAAAUGGGAAGCUUAAAAAUGGUGGGGUGAGAAUUUUGAGAAGGUCAUGGAGUUAUACAAUGUGCAGCAACUUAAUCAGCAGAGUGUCCCGGUUCCAACCGCUCCUCCUAGAUCCAAAGAUGAGAGCUGCAGCAAGAACAGUCCUGCAACUCCACCUCUAAACAAAGAAUGUCCUGGAGGAAAAGGCUUACUCGCGGCUAACCAAGCAAGAACACAAACACAAAGUCGAUUCCACCGUGAUUCGUCUGGUCUUGCAACGACGCCAAAGCUUUCUAGCAUAAGUGGGACCCGAACCGAGACAUCAUCGGUUGAUAUGUCUGCAAGAAGUAGUGGCUCAUCAAGGGAAGAAGAAGAAGAAGAUGGAGAUUAUUCAAUGGAGGUCUCGGUACGUAAUGCAAGUGACAUGGAAACAGAAUGGCUGGAACAAGACGAAGAUGGUGUUUAUAUCACAAUCAGAGCUUUACCAGAUGGGAGUCGUGAGCUUAGACGUGUUCGCUUCAGCCGAGAUAGGUUUGGAGAAACAAAUGCAAGUUUGUGGUGGGAAGAGAACAGAGCUCGGAUUCAACAGCAGUACUUAUGAUGAUGCUCUCUGACUUUUGGUCCAUACCUUACAUAUGAAUUGGACAAUUCACUAUGAUUUUAUUUAAACUAGAGCUGAUGCAUAUUCUAUUACAUUUUUUAAUGACUAUACAAAAACCUAAUGAAGAAUUUCACAAUAACCGAACAAAUAUGGGAAACCGUAUUCUUCGAUUUAGGUCAUAUGAAGAAAUUCUUCACGUAU